CUUCAACACUCCGCAUCGCUGGGUGACCAUCGCUACCAGCCAAGAUUUGUAUCUAUCGUUAGCUUUCCAGAUUACAAUGGUUCGAAAAGCCGCCCCCCUCCCCGAGCGUGCCCGUCUUAAGCAGGAGCAAGACCUGACCCGCUGGCAACGGGAUCUGCGGGCAAAAGCCGAAGCCAUUCUUGAUUCACUUGAUAUGCGGUCACUUGACUUUGAAGACAACUACCGCGAGCUUGGAGGCCGAUACUUUCGAUCGUAGUACGCGCAUGCAGGCACCUACCUGGACGUCCCCUCGGAAGAAUCCCGUGCUCUCGCAGAUGCUUUCCACGACUCGACACCUUUGGAACAGCGCAAAUGUUACCAGAAUUGCAAUCUGCUCCGAGAGAAGAUGAAGGUCCCAAAAAGGGAUCUGCGAGAUAGCAGUCUGGACCACAGCACGCGCUUGCAGCACGCGAUCAAUGCGUCUUACGAAGGUGAAAAGCACUUAUGCGAAAUGGUAAGAACAAUUCACGACUUGGAGGGCCACAUCGCCAAGUUCGAGGAGCUACGCGUUUCGACCAUUCACCGUGAAGGCUUCGUGCCACCGAGGGGGCAGCAAGAGGCACAUGCGGAUGCCUUGUUGACGUGGGCUUCUUGUUUGCCAGAGACGGCAGCUCAGUCUUGCGCCGGUCGUGAGCAGAAGGAUGUUCUUCAAGCAGUGUUGGAGCCGCGGGAGGACAGACA